AUGAACACCAAGCCUGACGUGAUUCAAAAGUGUGUGUGCCUUGUGGGUCUAUUCAUCACCGGCACCCUCUCUGUGGACUGUAACUCACUGCAUGUUCACCUGCGUAGAGUCAUCUGGAAAAAUCUGAGACUUUUGAGCACUGUGAGCAAUUCAUUUCCUGUGGCGUGUCGAAGAGAAAACAAAGCUUUUGAGUUGCCCCAAGAUAUCCUGUCAUACACCCAGCCUCUGAAAAGAGGCAUCAAAGAAGCUUUUUAUGAAAUGUCCAUGUUGGCCUUCAAUAUCUUCACUCCAUCCACCUUCCAACCAACUUGGGAAGAGAAACACCUGAAGAAAAUCCAAAUUGGACUUGAUAAGCAAUUGCAGUAUCUAGAGCGAUGCUUGGAGGAAGAGAAGGAAAAUGAAGACAAGAAAGAGGUGGAAGAGGAUGAGAAGAAACACCCAGGAGCUUUGGUACUCCAGCUGAACCACCUAGAACUGAGGAGGUAUUUCCACAGGAUAGGCAGUUUUUUGAAAGACAAGAAAUAUAGUCACUGUGCCUGGGAGAUUGUCCGAGUAGAAAUCAGGAGAUGUUUCUACUACUUUCAGAAAUUCACAGCACUACUCAGGAGAAAAUAA